UUAAAUAAAAAAAAACAAUUAAAAAAUUUCUAUCAUUUUAGCUUUCGUUCACACUUCAUAAGGCCUUUCUCUUUCUCUCUCUUGGCUGCGACUUUGAGCUUUUUGUUACCUGAAAAGCUAAAAAGGAUUUGGGAUUUGUUGCUUUAAAGCUCUUUUUUUUAACGAGGAGAUUCAUCAUUGCUCUAAGCGUUUAAUGAUUUUCACCUCUGAUCCUCUGUUAUUUCGUUAGUUUUCUUCGUAUUUCACUGUUCAAUGUGCUGCCGAACGAGGUUCUCCUUCUUCUUCCUCGAGGCCUUCACGUUUUCCGUUACUGACGGCCCGUUUCGUUCUGCAUUUCCUGUUUUCAGACUGGUGCCUGCAUCAAUGUGAAAGGAGUCAAAAGUGUUCAGCUAAAAGGAUCUGGAGUGAUUAAGACCUAUCCAACCUAUGGAACGCCAUUUAGAGCUCAAGUGAAAUUUAAGAGAUUUAAUCCUUUGGAAUUUCUGUGAAGACAAUGUUGCCCCAAGCUAGCUAUAGGGCCAACAUGCAAGCCAGGUUUAAACCUGAAAAGCCUAAUUUGUCAUAUGCUGAUCUUCAUCAAAAGAUUGCUGACGGUGGAAAAGGGGUGUCAGUUGAAUCUUCAUUGAAGUACAAAAAACAAAAUGCUGAUAUCAAGACAAAUGAAGAAGAUGAGCUUGUGAAGUAUAUGUCAAAGCUACCAAGUUACCUGGAGAGAGGAGUUAAGCCCCAAGAAAAAGUUUUAAAUGUUGGGGUCCUUGAGUGGGGGCGCCUUGAAAAAUGGCAAUGUAGCCAUAAACAGAUCUUACAUAGAAGUAGUAUCUCUUCCCCCAGCAGCAACACAUCUUCCUCGUUUUCUACAGAUGAAUCAUCAGCACUUUCCAGCAUAGGUCAUAGUUUAUCUCCUGCCCGUCAAAGGUUACGACGGCCUUCACUGCAAUCUCAUCUGAUGUCAGUCUCCGCAGAAGGCCAUUUGCCAUUUGACAAACCUACCAGGGAAACUGCUGGAAAGUUUCAAGAUCCCAAGGCUUCUGAGAGCAGCAGCUUCAAUGCUCGGGGAAAGUUCCUGAGAGAAGAUAAAUCUUUUUGCAAGACUAAUCCACGAUUCAAGCUUGAAAAAUGCAUGAGAAGAGAAAUGGUCCCAAAGAUUGAUUCAGCGGGUUCAACUGUGCCAAAUGGGGUAAAAGAUAAUGUGGCAUCAUAUGACAAGGUGAAAAUGAAGAACCAAGUUGGUGAAGUUAUGAAGAAAGCUGAGAAGUUACAAGAAGUUCUUCCAAUUGGGGCUAAACUAGAUGUUGCUGAAAAAGGAAAUGCAGUUGUCUUCCUUUUGCCAAGAGAUUUGCCCAAAACGAAUCAUUCAGGAGCAGGCAAUCUUUCUAAUUUAACAAUGAAUUCAAGUAAAAAAGGAGCAGAACCUAGUCAGAGGACAUUCCUCCAAACAUCUAAAGAGGUCCAUCAUGCAGCAGUCAGCUCCAAUUUCCAUCUUUCAGGCCUAUUGCCUUGUGAGCUUGAUGGCAGUAGACAUUCCCAGAUUAAAGUGACAGGUUUAGAUGCAAAUGGUAACAACGUAAUAUCAGAAAGAUCUCGUUCUGUGCCUCGUGCGACAAGGAUUGAAAGUAAUUCUUCCGUAAGCAGAAAUCUAGAGGAGAGAAAGCCAAAUGCAACGUUGGUAAGGACUUCUGCAAAUAAGGCUUGCAGAGGAUCAGACCUGAAAGGAAGCAAGGUUGCUUCUGAAAAAGUACGAAGCACUUCACCUUUCCGUCGUUUUAGCUUCAGCAUGGGCAAGACAGGCAAAAUUUCUGGGCCUAAAGAGGGUUCUUCUAUACCUCAGGCAGGCUUAACUUGUAGUUCUGUAAAAUCUGAUUUACAGAAUCCUGUUUCUUCUGGUGUUGAUACUUCUUGUAGUGACAAGCUCAAUGCUAAAAGCAGAGCCAGGUCCAGCCCUUUGAGAAGACUAUUAGACCCACUUCUGAAACCGAAGGCAGUUAACUGUCGCAAUUUUACCAACCAAUUACAGGACUCAAUAUUAGCAGAAAGCGCUUGUAAAUCAUCAGAACAGCUAAGACAUUCAGCCUUGUCCAUGCAGUCGGCCAAAGUGAAAUCAGACACAGCCAGCCAUUGCGCAAACAAUGCAAAUGAUUCGGCGCAAAGCAAAAAGAAUGAAUCUUCACCAGUUCAAGCUCUUCUCAGAGUUCAAGUUAAGAAUGGGUUGCCUUUGUUCACAUUUGCUGUGGAUAAUGAGAGUAACAUUCUUGCAGCUACAGUGAAGAUGCUGAGUGCCUCAGGGAAGGGUGAUUAUGGGUGCAUUUACACAUUCUUUGCCAUUCAAGAAAUCAGGAAAAAGAAUGGACGGUGGAUAAAUCAGGGCAAAGGCAAAGGUCAGGAUUAUGUCCCAAAUGUUGUUGCCCAGAUGAAGGUCUCUGGUUCAGAGUUUUCUCAUUUGUCCAGGCCAUAUGUGGAUCAGUUUAGCAUCAGAGAAUUUGUUCUUCUUACCUUGGAUGUAGGACAGGGAAAUCCACAAGCAUCAGAUUUCCAGCCAAACGAAGAGCAGGCAGCUAUUGUUGUCAAGAUCCCAAAAAGGAACAAAAGAAGCUCAAUCAGAGAUGGGUAUCUGAUUGAUAAGCGUAAUAACUUGCAUGAGGCUCCAUUGAAAGAGUGUCUGCCAGAGGCGAAACCUGAUUUUGAUUCUGGGAAAAAGUGUCCAUUUAUGGGCAGUGAAGACAUUAGUCCUACGGUCAUACUUCCAAGUGGUGUACACAGCCUGCCAAAUAAAGGAGAACCUUCAUCACUGAUCCAACGAUGGAAAUCAGGUGGAGCAUGUGACUGUGGUGGUUGGGAUUUAGGUUGCAAACUUCGGAUUCUUUCUAAUAAGAGCCAAUUCAGCCAGUGGUCUGGUUCGUUGAAAAGUUCUCCAGUCUCUAAUCAGUUUGAACUUUUCUUUCAGGGAGGAGAGCAAGACAAGAAGCCGUUUUUCAGCUUGGCCCCUUUCAGAGAUGGGAUCUAUUCAGUUGAGUUCAAUUCUUCUCUUUCACAUAUGCAAGCAUUCUCCAUUUGUAUAGCAGUCUGGGAUAGUAGGAAACACUGUGAGCUUUCAGAAUCAGAACCAUUUACGUCUUCUCAAGAAAGAACUUUGGGGGAAACCAUAUUAAAUGAGAGAAUAAAUGCCCCUAAUCCUCUGCAAGGUGAGACUGCUGCUAGAUAUGUGCAAUAUCCCCCCGUUUCCCCAGUUGGAAGGGUUUAAUUCACACUACCAAUGAUAUGAUGUAAUUAAGUGAAAGAUACAAUUAUAUAUAUAAUUUCUGGUUUGUUGGUUGGGUAAUGCUCAGCGAGAUCUCCAUCACCUGUAAGGUUAAGUGUCGCCCAAUGGAGAAUAAGAAAUGAUGAACAAGGCUUGCUUGUAAUAGUUGGGACCCCCUGCGAGCUUUGGAUAUUAGUAGUUUGAUAUUACUUAUUUAACAGAAGCAAUAUCAGCUGUAGUAUGAGCAAAGUAUUUUGAUGAAUGUAAGUGUGCAUAUAAAAUCAAGUGAUUAUUAUAUCUGCUUUUCUCCUAA